AUGUUCCACACAAUCACGCUCCUGCUCAUUCUGGCAAGUGCCUGGACCUCGUCGUUGGCUUAUCUACCAGAUGUAAAUAUUUUUACCAACUACCGCACCGAAGUAUAUAAUGGCAUUCCCUCCGAGAUUGACACCACGCCUUUCGUACGGAUUGGUGACAACUACUACUAUAUCGAACCCAUGAACAAGGUCAACUGGUUUCAAGCGGCAGGCGCUUGCCGCAUGAUGAACGCCCAUUUGGCUUCCAUUGAGGACAAACCAGAAAUGGAAGCGCUGAUCAAGUACAUGAAGGCUAAGGGUUUUAAGAACAACGACUACUUUUGGAUAUCGGGCAAUGACCUGGGCACCGAAGGCGCCUUUUAUUGGAUGUCCAACGGGCGACCGAUGACAUAUGCCCCGUGGAAUGGGCCUAAGCAAAUGCCGGACAAUUACGGCGGAAACGAGAACUGUGUGCACAUGUUCGCCACCCGGGAAAUGAUCAACGAUGCCAACUGCAAAAUCCAGAUGCUAUAUGUGUGUGAGGCGACAGAGCCCAAAACUUUCAAGUUUACCUACAUUAAAUGGUAGUUUUCUUAUCGCCAGGUGUUAAUCUAUUACUAAAUAAAAGCUUGUUAAAAAUAAGUAAAGAAAUUGUAAAGCUCGUUGAGCUCAUAAUUAAAUUUUUUGUUAAAUUGUGGUAUUCACACCUGAAUGUAAUAUAAGUAAGUACUAAAAUAAUAGCGAAUUUUGACUAAUUAA